CCCAUCAUGCCUCGUGGUGGAAGUAGUGGUAGCAGUGGUCGCUCAAGCGGAGGGGGUGGUGGUCGUUCAGGUGGAGGUGGUGGGCGCUCAGGAGGAAGUAUACCUAGUAGAAGCGGAGGAACGUAUGUAAACAAUGCUUCAAACAGAAGUGCUGGAAGGGUUGGCAUGGCUUAUGGCACUGCAGUGAUAUCAAGUGGUACAAGUAGUAGUUCCAGUAGUAGUUCAAGGACGUAUGUUGACAACGCAUCCAACAGGAGUCUUGGUAGGGUUGGCAUGGAACAUGGUACUGCUGUUGUAUCAAAAGGAGCAAGUAGCAGUGUAUCGGACAACGCAGUGAAAACUUACGCAGAUAAUGAUUACAACAGACAUCAUGAUCGUGUGGGGAAGGAACAUGGCACUGCUGUCAUUUCCAAGAAUGCCUCCAAUUUGUCUUUUGAAGUAGAUCCUAAAAUGAAAGUUUAUAAAGACAAUUCGUUAAAUCGUACGCUUGGUAGGGUUGGCAAGACUGUUGGUACGGCGGUUCAUACGAAAAACGCACCUGGCUCUGUUACAACGAAGAAGUAUGCUGAUACUACAUUCAACAGAAAACAAGGUCGAGUAGGAAAGCCACUUGGAUCAAUGCCAAUUUCCAGGAAAAGUACAAAUACUGCCGCCAUUGCACGUAUAAAUGAAUUGCUUAGAAGAAACCCAGAUGACGAAUGUGACUUCAUUAGUGGACUAAAUGAGGAAGAUGAAUAUUAUGUUACCGAUACAGUCCAAGGUAUACUACGAAGGGAAAAGGAAGUUUACGAAUGGCAAGAAGAAAUGAAGACCAGUAGCCAACCAUACACCUCCGAGGAAGUGUUGAAUAAUUUCAAAGGAAACAAAAUUGAUUUUAAAGAAAUUUGUCUGGGAAAACAAAUCGGUAAUGGGGGUUUCGGUGAUGUUUUCUUUGCUAAAUGGAAGGGAUCCGUCGUGGCGGUAAAGAAACUUCGUGUCCAACAAGUAUCGGCUCGCAAACAGAAAGAAUUCACCGACGAGGUUAUGCUUUUCUGUGAUUUAGAUCAUCCGAAUGUAGUAAAGUUUAUUGGUGCCUGUGUGAUUCCAAAUGAUCUUUGCAUUGUUAUGGAGUACAUGCAGAUGAGUCUUUUCGAGGCUCUUCAUAUUAAAACUGACAUUGAAUUCACAGAGAACGAAAAGAUAAAAAUAAUUAAGCAGACAAGCGCUGGUCUUCAAUACCUGCAUGCAAAACAUAUUGCCCAUCGAGAUAUGAAAACACAAAACGUACUCAUAGACCAUAGUCCUGAGAAAUCAAUACUCACAAAACUGACAGACUUUGGUCUCAGCAUGAUAAAAAACGAUACAGGAACCUCAAUGUCUGAAAGCAGACAGUACACAAAAAACGUGGGGACGCCUAAAUAUGCAGCACCAGAAAACCUUAGAGGCGAAUCCCUCAACCUAGAAAGUUUAAAGAUGGCUGACAUUUAUUCCUUGUCUUUAAUUGGUUUUGAGGUCGUAUUUGAAGAGGAACCCUUUUACAAUUUGAAUCUUACACAAUUGAUGAAGCAAGUGGGCGAGCAAGGGGUCACACCGGACAUUCCAGAUGAGGUACCAGUUGACGAAAAUAUCAUUAACCUGAUCAAAAGCUGUUGGAACCGUGACGCCACAGGACGUCCAUCUGCUAAACAAUUUACGGAUAAGUUGUCGCUCAUUAGAUACAUUUAUAAAGAACUUUGAAACAAUGCUAAACAUCAUUCAAUGUGAUUUGUGAGUCUUGGACCCAAAUAUUAAUAGACUAUUUACCAAACAUAAAACAAAAACUAAUUAGUUAAUAUCUACAUGUAUACAUUUUAAAUAU